AUGAUACUGUCCGAUAAAGGAUUUGAAAGGGAAUUGCUGCAAUUAACUGUUUUCUGUAAAGAGAAAGAUAAUGGAUGCAAUUGGACUGGUGCCUUACGAGACUAUCAAGUAUUUGAAAAAGAUGAACAUCUCGAUAAUACACAUAUAACAAGCCAUAACUGCGAACAUUGCAACGCAAAUUUUCCAACUAAAUAUGCAUUGGAUGACCAUAAAAAAGAUUCAUGUAUGAAAAUAUUGAUAUCAUGUCAGUUAGCCGAACAUGGUUGUUCAAAACAACGAUUUCUACGAUCUGAUCUUGGUGUACACUAUUUAACUGAAACCCAUCAAAUAUGUUUACAAUCUGUUCUUGAAGAAAUCAUGAAAUUAAUUCAAUCCCGUUUUAAUGGAACUGACAGGGCUGCCACAAAUAGCACUUCUAACCAGUUUAAUCUAUCAUCGUUAAUAUCAACUGCGGACACUACUUCAUCAUCGACAAGUUCAGCCAUAAACUAUUUUUACUCUCAACUUCAACAACUUUACGAGUCAUUGACAACUGUAACAAAAAACUUUCAACCCUUAAACGAAGAUUCAAUUCGUUUGAGUACUGAAUCCUUACGUCAACAAAAUUUAUUGCAAGCAUGUCAAAACGAAAUAAAUCUAAUUAAACAAUCAAAAGCUGAAAUAGACUCGUAUAUUGCGGGUAUUGAACCGAAUCACGAAAUAUUACUACAAGAAUUAGCAAGCUUAAAACAGAAAGUGGAAGAUUUACAAUCGAUCAGCUACGAUGGAACUCUUACAUGGAAAAUUUCUAAUGUUUCCGAAAAAAUGGCUGAUGCUCAAUCGGAACGACAAACAUCUAUUUAUUCACCAGCAUUCUACUCGUCUCCUACUGGGUACAAAAUGCGUAUUCGCCUUUAUUUACACGGAGAUGGGAAUGCUCGUAGAACACAUAUGUCUCUCUUUUUUCUUAUUAUGCGCGGUCCAUUCGAUGCGAUUUUGAAAUGGCCUUUCGAGUUUAAAGUGACAUUUUGUCUCUUCGAUCAAUCUGGACAACAACGACACAUUAUUGAUUCGUUCAGGCCCGAUACAAAAUCAAACAGUUUUCAACGACCCAGAAGCGAAAUGAAUAUUGCCUCAGGAAUACCAAAAUUUUUUCCAUUACCGAUGAUAUUACAAGAUGAUAAUAAUUAUAUCAGAGACGACACUAUGUACAUUAAAUGUUUAAUUGAUUUUGGUGAUAUAUCGAAGAUAAUUCUUCCGUAUGCGCUCAGUUUAAACCCCGCAUUACCUCAUCAUGUUCAACGUAAUAUGAUACGAGUAGAAACUGAUCGACGAGUACAACUUCAACAACAGUCCGCAUCAUCGACUACUGUAACUAACAACAAUAACAGUGGUCAAGUAAACAUCAAUAAAUUUGUCAAUAAUACAAAUUCGCAAACAAUACAAUUGCUUCACAGUAUGAGUAAUAGUCAAUCGAUGCUGGAAGAUCCGAACCAUGCAUCAAUGUUAACAGGGCGGUCGUUAGCACAGCAGCACGUGACUCCUAAAGAGCAGCCACCUCCAUCAAAGAAAAAAAAGAAAGAUGACGGCGAUGAUAUGACGGAUGACGUUAUGAACGAAUAA